GUUUUUCACGUAAUAACCGUGCGGUUCUGCUUGAUGCUCAAGCCUUUGUAUCAAUCUGUACGCCCUCAGUAGAUAACUCCAUGGCUUGUUUCACAAACCGACGAAUACGAGUAUAUUGACUGUCAAUAUGACAGAUCUCUCAGUCAAUCACACACCUUCGUCAGCUCACCAUCUCCAAAAUUCUAGUACAUUUCUUCUUCAAUAAGCACUCCUCCAACGCAACUGCAAAAUGUCAGAAAAAUGGAUACCGAGCGUGUUCGACAAGAAGUUCGGUCCUGGAAUUCUGUCGCAUUACCCGCCUGGAAUGCACCCCCUGGCGUGGCGGUACUACAAAAAGAACUAUGCCUGCAUCCCGUUGGUACUCAUUUCCUUGUAUGAUUAUGCUUUCGUGGCAUUUGCCUCCAUAUACGGUUUUAUGAGAACAGAUAUCCGACUGUCAAGAUGUAGUCCCUAUCAAAAUGAGCUAUACGAUUUGCUGAUACACCCUGUGAACAGAAAAUUUCUUACCUUUAACAUGAAAUACGAGCCUCAACCUGAAUUGUACAAUACUUACAUGGACAUGAAGGCAGAAGAAGAUAGACGCAGAGAGGAAUGCAAGUGAAAAAGAGAUUAAUAAACAUCUUACAAAUUAAUAAGGAAGUUAUUUGACAUAUUUACAUAUUAUUAUG